UUAGAACCAUCCCCGGGAAUCUGCGCGCGCCGCCGAGGGCCGGCCUAAGGCAGCUGUUCUUGCUGAGUCGCCUGCUGCUUACUUCCCAGCGCCUGCACUUCCUUUCUUCUGAAUCCGGAUUCUUCCUCUGGAAGCGCGUGGAGACCAGGUGCUAACUGAACAUGGGGUUUGCUGAGGAUAAAGUGGAGGAAUACAUCAGGGCCCACCAGUGCAACUUCCGAUGCAUCCGUGUCCUUCAGAUGCUCGACUAUCUCAGCUGCCUCACUGAAAUAGACAAGCAAGAAAUUAAAAGUGAAUGCUUAAUGCGAGGGAACGACCUGACUGUGUGGGAGCUGUUUCAGCACCUCCGGAUGAGGAGGGGCUGGGUGACGCUCUUCAUCAACGCUCUCGAGGACCAGAACCAAAGCGAGCUGGCAAAUGAAAUCAGAGAAGUUUACGACCGUUGGCGGCUCCCCCCUCGAAGGAAUGUGCCGGCAGUUGCUGCCUCACCAGCUGUGGUGAAUAGCUCCCAGGUGCCAGCCGUGAAGCCCAGCCCACCCUCUUCUGACGUGCCCCUGCCAGUCCAGCCCCCGUUGCCCACAGGCGUCUCAGACCCAUCCCACUUCGCCACUAAUGCAGCCUCUGAAGACAUGCCUGAUUACAGCACUCCUGUUCAAGAAACUGAACGUCUCCCUCGGAGCCCUGAGACCAGAGGCAAUGUUGUAGCUGCUCCUGCUAAGGAUGCCCAGGCCAUUCCGAGUGGAGGCCUGCCUUGGAGAGGCGCCUGGGAGAGUUUUGCCAAGCAACACACCAACAUCCUCAAGACCCGACGCGGGUCCUUCGGUGCAGAAGUGGGACGGCCGCCAGCCCCGCCCUGUUUGCGUGAAGAACGGCUAUUUUGGGAACAGGAACCACCCCAUCGACAGUGCCGUUUUGCCGGGCUGGCUGCCCCUCCUGAUCCCGGAACGCCUGGGAACCAGCCAGUGGAAGAUUACUACUCCUCUCCCGACAGCAGCUCCCCGCUGGCUUCGAGCGGCCAAGACAAGGCAUCCCUGAGGGAGCAGAAGAUCCAGGCCUUGCGCGGCUAUCACAACGAGGAUGUGCUGGACGGUCCAGAGGACGUAGGCAGCCCUCUCCUCCUGCAAAGGCAGUUCGACGCAGAGCAGGGAGUAGGCCUGGGGCGCCAGGAGAAAGGAGAUGGACGUACCCCCUCUGCCCCAGUGGGGUUUGGAGCGAGCCCAACAGACUGCCUGCCUGGAAAUGGCCCGGGAAGAGGUCCCCACAUUCCUGUGAAGGCUGCUGCUGCCCUCCCCUCAAAUGCCGAUUUUCUUGACAGCCCUCCCUCUGGCAGCUCCCAGUUCCUCAAUAGCCCUUCAAACAGAGGACAGACUCACUCCACGCCCAGCACUACACCUUUACGGCAGAGUCGACCUCCGCCUUCCGACUUCGACAGUUCCUCCUCCACCAACGUGAUCCCACCUAACUCGCCUCCCUGGCGUUCGGCUGCUCCAAGCGACGCGUCUAAAACUCCCAUUCAUGGUGAGGGUUUGACUGACACAGCUGCCUACGAGGUGGCGCCAGAGCAGGUGAUCCAGCCCUCUGCUGUGAGUGGAGAUUCAAGGCUGAGUACGAACAAAGUCUUUCACCAUCCCAGAGAUUACGGUGUCUUCUCUACCAAUCACGACGACGACGAACCCUGCAAACCAGGCGUUCUGCAUUCAGUACAGAGUGUAAAUGCAGCAGGAUCGCCUGAUCAGCAGCUGAGUGAAAAAGAGACAAAUCCUGCAUAUUCAGGGAGGUCUGAUAGGCUUCGCCUCAGCAAUUUCUCUGAAGGCAGCGACCCUUUGAUGAUCAGCAAUCCCAGCUCGUCCGAAGAGAGAUGCUUUGGUCCGGCCGACGUCGCUGAUCCGGGCAGGGAUGAAGCCCGCGUCGCUUCCCGUCAGCUUUCACGUGGCAACCACCAGGACGGUGAUGGUUCCAUCCGAACCUUCACCUUCAAAAUGGAGGAGAGCCCUAGUGUGGAUCUUGAAGGAGCCCCUGGUUUGCCGGGCAGCCCUGGCAAACGAUCCCCGGGUGCCUGGCCCGGCUCGGACGACAGGCAGCGGCCGGUCAAAAGCGCCAGGCCCCGCUCCGAAAGUGCGAGGGAUUCCCUCCCCAGUGAGAGAGGCGAUGCACCAUUGACUUCACGCAGUUAUACGUGGCUCCUCGCAGGGUGUGCCGUGGUGGUGGCAGUGGUGGCUUUUGCACUUUACAAGAAGAAAUAGGAAUCUGGGGAGGGAGGCGAGGAAAGAAGGGAGAGUUCCUGGCCCUCCAAAUAGAUUGAUUCGUUCCCGGGGAAAGCGUUAAGAUCGUCAUCCCUCCUCACCCAGUGCCUCUAUAUCAAGAGUUGACUCCUAGGCCAAAUACGACCCCCAGGACCUCUUUAUGUGACCCAUAAAGACUGUUGACCCUCUUCUG